CGGGCGAGGGAGCUUCAAGGAUGGCGGCGUCCGCGGCGCUAAUCCUGCCCGAGAGCCCCAGCAUGAAGAAAGCUGUGCCGCUGAUAAAUUCGAUAGACACGGGAAGAUUCCCACGACUUCUCAGCCGCAUUCUUCAAAAGCUCCACCUGAAGGCUGAGAGCAGUUUCACUGAAGAAGAAGAAGAAAAACUUCAGGCUGCGUUCUCUCUAGAGAAACAAGAGCUUCAUCUGGUUCUGGAGACAAUAUCAUUUGUUUUGGAACAGGCAGUGUAUCACAACGUGAAGCCAGCGGCACUGCAGCAGCAACUAGAGACUAUUCAUCUUACACAAGACAAAGCAGAAGCAUUUGCCAGUGCUUGGUCGGCUAUGGGUCAAGAAACGGUUGAGAAGUUCAGGCAGAGGAUCCUGGGCCCUCACAAGCUAGAGACAGUGGGAUGGCAGCUUAACCUGCAAAUGGCUCACUCGGCUCAAGCAAAGCUGCAGUCUCCCCAGGCCCUGCUGCAACUGGAAGUGAGCAAGGAAGACUCCAAGAACAUGGAGAAGGUCCUAGUGGAAUUCAAUCACAAGGAGUUGUUCGAUUUCUACAACAAGCUGGAGACCAUACAAGCUCAGCUGGAUUCCCUCACAUGAUGUUCUUGAAGACUGGUUUCACCGUCACAUUCUGGCCACCUCACUCGCAUUGAAGAGAGACUGCCCAAGUAUAUUUUCUAGAGGACUCAGUGACUUUAUUCCUACAGAUAAUACAGUUUAUUGCUUCUUAGACAAAUACCAGUGAAGGGAGAACACACUGGGUUUCUAAUGUACCUUCUCGCCUCACAUGAGCCAAGAGCAGUUAUUGAGAAAACUGCUUGAAAGAAGUAAAGAGUGAAUGCCAUGCUG